AUGGAAGUGGAAUGGUUGGCCGUUACAAAUGCAUUCAUCGAAUCAGCUGUUGCCGCUUGUAACGCCCUGAAGAGUUUCGGAUAUUGGGCUGACUUCGUUGACCCGACCACUGGAAAAGCAUAUCUGAACAAGACAGAAUCAGAAGUGACGCUCCAGACGACAGAUGACGAAUAUCGCAGUCUUGGUUUUGAUAUCACCGAUAUGGGAUGUUGUAAGAUUAUCGCGCACAAGUUGUGGGGCAAGAUGGUGUUUGUGGGAACGAUCUUCACGAACGCACCCAUCGAUUCACCAGCUGUGAGCGAGAUCUUGGCGAAAGUUAAUGCUGCUUAA